ACCAUUAAGUGAAGCUUAAAGAGACCAUGUUCCUUCUCAGACCCAGAAGACUCAUCUUACUUGACUUUGCUUCUCCUUCUCUUCCUUCUACUGAUUCUAUACCUGCUUCUUCACAAUGCUUUUUGUUCAAAGGAUGUUCCAAGAGCACAUCAUCCGCAGAGGCCGGAGGUAUAUUAGGAGACUUAACUCUUGGAUUUUGCACUUAACGAUGCAGUCUUAUUGGGAUGAGAUUAAAAAUUACAAGAAUAAGGUGUUUGAUAAACUGACUACAAAAGAUGAGAAGGUGUUGGAGAUUGGUAUUGGGACAGGUCCUAAUAUGAAAUACUUUGCUUCUCGUAAUGUGAAUAUAACUCUUCUUGGUUUGGAUCCAAAUCCUAAAAUGAAGAAGUAUGCACGCAAAGCCGCUGUGAGAUCAGGAUUGAAUCCUAAAAACUUUAGAUUCAUGCAAGGAGUAGGAGAGGCUAUACCAUUAGAUGAUGGUUCUGUGGAUGCAGUAGUUGCAACACUUGUUCUAUGUACUGUCUCUGAUGUCACUCAAACACUCAAUGAAAUCAAGCGAGUGCUGAGACCAGGAGGAAGCUUUAUCUUCUUAGAACAUGUUGCAGCAGAAGAUGGAUCUCUCUUCAGGUGUUUGCAGAAACUGUUGGAUCCAAUGCAGCAGAUAUUAGCAGAUGGAUGCCAUUUGACAAGAAACACCAGAGAGUGCAUUUUGGAAGCUGGUUUCAGCGGUGGUGUGGAAAUAGAGACGAUGUCUAUGUACAGCUUCCCGUGGAUAACAAGACCUCAUAUCUACGGUGUAGCUUACAAGUAAAACUAUAUAUCAAGUUUCAGCUCUGUUCAAAUGCUUACAACAUUAGUUAUGGUUGAUGUUGUUAUCAUACCAGUUUGACUCACGUUUGAAUCCAUGAUUUUGGGUUUUUGGGACAAGAAUAUGCCUUUGGGCUUGCAGCUUCUAAAAUCAUAUUGGGCCAGGCCAACCCUACAUUUUCAAC